AUGGCAACGGUACAAAACCCAACAGGUUAUGGGCCCAGGAGAGGCUUGAUUUUUGAUGGAGACGAGAACAAGUAUGAAUUAUGGGAGGUGAAGUUUUUGGGAUAUAUGCGACUCCAAAAACUUUACGUAAUAUUUCAAAUCCGAGUUAGUGUUUUAGACGUGGUUUCUAAAUACAAGUGCCAUGAACAAUGGCGAGGCGCAGCCGAGCCAUUGUUGAUUGUUCAUGGCACUGGGGAUUUGGAAGCCAAGUUUAAAACACUAACGAGGAUUUGAAAUUGCUUCUCACACAUCAUUAGACUUUCAUAGCAAUGAGGCAUGAAAUUAUUAGAUAUUCAAAAAAGUGAGCGUGGGCAUUAACGAUUACAUUCGCUUGAAAGUUUGCAUGAAGUGCAACGAAGCAUUCAGUUCGCUUUCGUCGUGAAUAGAUGAAUUUUGUUGGCAAAAGAGCAUGGUAUCUUCUUAUAAUAUAAGAAAAAGCGGUUUCGAGAACCAGAGAGUGUUGAGCACAGCAUUGUAAACAGUAUUGUCGCUCGGCUGACAAGGUCGGGGAUCCGAAAAACGAUAUAUCAGAUUGUGUGUGCGAUAAGGCGCUAUCUGGUGAAAAAUGAAAGAGCCGAAGUGAAUAUAUAUUUUGUAGACGGUAAACAUUACUGGUAAGUUGCUGUAUUAUAGUGUUUAAAGCGCUGUUUAUUAUGAUAGUUGGUUGUAGUUUUCAAACGUUUAGGAAAAGUGUUAGCUAUAAAGUGUAGUUAGAAUAAAUUUCUAAAUACAACUUACUGUAUUUAGAAAUAAUUCUAAACAUAGCAAUUAAAUAUAUUUGCAUAAUCUUUUGUUUACGCCUCAAUUUCCCUAUUGUUCAAAGCCCUUCCCACUUGAAGUAAUUAAAGUCCUGGUCUAGACGGGGUAUCCAGAUAGAUACACGUGAUGUAAAUUAAACCAUGUCAUUGGCCGAAAUGCUAUGAAUAUCUAAUGAUGUAUGAGAAAAUAUAUUCAUUCCUAGCAGUAGCGAAAGAGAGCUAGAUGAGGCAAAGAACGCAGAUGCCUUUGCCGAAUUAGUGCAAUGUCUAGAUGACAGGAGCUUGGCCCUGGUCAUACGAGAGGCGAAAGACAAUGGAAGAAAAGCCCUGACGGUUCUGAGAGAACAUUAUCAAGGCAAGGGAAAGCCCAGAAUAGUCUCGCUGUACACGGAGUUAACGUCGUUGAAGAAGACAGAAAAUGAGACAAUUACGGACUACAUCAUACGGGCAGAAACUGCCACGACCGCAUUGAAGGCUGCUGAGGAAGUAAUCAGUGAUGGACUUCUGAUUGCCAUGGUACUCAAGGGUCUACCAAACGCGUAUAAAACAUUUUCUACGGUGGUUAUUCAACGAGAAAACCAGAUGAAUUUUGGCGACUUCAAAAUCGCAUUGCGUAACCACGAAGAGAACGCGAAUGGCGACAACGUAAUGUACGUGAGAAUGGCGACAACGUAA